AUGGCUGGGUUUAAAGUGACAGUUGAACUCGCCACGUCCAUCGUCCCAGUUCCAGCACUGCCCGUGUCGACCCCAUCAAACGUAAUGGCUCUUCCCACCGCGCCUGACGAUCCGGCAUGGCGAAAUCAUGGCCACACCUUUGAUUCCCUUCCCACAGGUUUACCAGACCUAGGAGACGUUUUGGCCCUCAUUCGGGUCAUGGUUCCUCCGAAAAGGAUUGUUGCGGAGCUUCUCAAAGAGGCAAAACAGAAAUGGUUGGAUGGCCAUUCUUCGCUCUCUGUCCCGGGAGAAGCACUCCUUAUCCCCUUGUGGGUCCUUUCCUUUUGGACACACACUCUCUUCGACAUCCUUCCUGUCCACCGUGAUUGGCAAAUAUCUCUCGAGUGGCUUCGAUGCGAUGAGUUUAAGCUAUUUCAAGGCCAAGUUCAGGAUGCCAUCCAUGCUCUUUCAGCCCUUCCGUGGUCAGGCUACCUUUCCCCCAUGUCAUCUGGCACCUCCAGCAUGAGCCUUCUCAAAUCCACCCUGUCGCUGUUCCUGUCACGCAAAUGGCUAUCCGAUGAAAACACCGACCAAAUGACACACUUGCUCCAGAAGGGAGUCGAAGGGUCCAAAUCCCAUUCGAACGUCAUCUUCUUGAGCAACCAGAUGGGGUGUACAAUCAUUGAUCUCUAUCUCAACGAGAAAAGUGGGAAAUCAAAGUACAACCCAGAUGGAGGGGAACACUUUCAGCGCUUUGGUGCAAGACUCUCAGGAAGUAGCCGUAUCGCAGGAAUCAUCCAUGUUAAUGGGAACCAUUGGGUUGCUGUCAUCGUUGACGUGGGAGAAGAGAAGUUCUGGUAUGGCGAUCCAGCACGCAGGUCUCCGGAUGUGAAUGUUCGGGCUGCAUUAUUGUGGUUCCUCUCGAAACAUGUUAUCCUGGUGGAGACUGCUGAUUUCGAAGAUGUCACCUUGCCCGCUCCCAUGCAGGAUUUCUCACUGGAUUGGUUUAAUUGCGGUAUCUUUAGCUAUAAUGCACUAUCACAUCAUUUCCUUCAUGAGCCUCUCCUUCGCAAUACACACAACCCCAUCUAUGGUGAUCUGGGUCGUAUUGGCAUGUUCUGCAAAUUAGUCAAUGACUAUAAGCUAAAUUGCCCCCCGGAAGAGGCUGCUCUUGCUAUUACAUUUGAUGCCAAAUCAUACUUCGGUUUGAAGGAGUACCAACGCGACUCAGACCACAGCCCCAGCCUAGGGCUGGAUGCCGUACCAUAUACAGCGACGGCUAAUGGCCUUGCAAUGAAGAUGGAGCUGGUCUUUGACGACUCUCAGAGUGCUGAAGGUCUGCACAUGUAA